UAGUUUCCCUUAAACACAGCUGAUUUUGAAAUAUUGACAAGUGUACAAGUUAACCUCGAACUUUGAAAGUUGUAUUGUAGGUAUUUGUGACAACAAUUUUUAAAUUACAUUACAUCCAGUUCGUAAAACAUGAAGAACAAUGAGUAACAGUUAUCAGUAAUAGAUAGUUUGGCGAUUAAAGAUAACUAGAAAUACACAAUCCAAUAUUUUAUUAUGUGAAUUUUGCAGAAUUUAGUUUGAUUCAUAGCAGUUUUGUUUUGAUAAAUUACUUAAAAAAUGAAUUCCACCAAAAUGAUGGAUGAAAUUUGUUCAAUGCUAGAUACUUACAAGGGCAGAGAUAAGGUCAUAAGAACUUUCUGUUAUACAUCUCGUUUGAUAGCAGGACUAACUAGUAACAAAGAUUUGGAACGUAAAUUGAUGUCUGUUAGCAAACAUCUGUCUGCAACAAGAACAACCCUCAGACUUAUGGAUGAUAUUCCAGCAAUCAAAAGUACUCUCCAAUAUGGUCUAGGAAAAGAGGAGAAUAAUUUUUUUAUGGCUACUCUUGGAGUUACAACAAAUACAAUUGAUUUAAUAUACAUUGUAAUAGAAAAAUUAGGAUGGCUUGCUGAAUAUGGUUUAAUAAGUGGUGUAGAUCAAACAAAAUGUGGUACUCUCACCUCAGCUUGUUGGUUGGCAUCUGUCUAUCUAACACUGAUAAGAACUACAAAGAGCUUACUCCAAACAAGGAAAAUUAUUGAAGAAUUAAAGAUACAAAACGAACCUCAAACAAAUGUUUUUCUGCAGAAACUUCAAGCUAAAGAGAGAUUUCAAAUAAUUACUUGCAUAAGGCUAUCUCUUGAUAUUGUACAUGCAGUUAGUACUCUGCCAAAAGGAUUUUUAUGGUCUUCUAGUUUGAAAACAUGGCAAGUUGGCGUGGUUGGUACCUUAUCAUCUGUUCUGGGAUUGUAUCAAAUUUUUGCUAAGAAAAAUUUGUAAUAUUGGAUGAUUUUUACUGGUUGCUAUUGUUGAUUUUUCAACGAAAUUUGUGAAAUGACUGAAUAUUUCAUUCAAUAAUGAUGACUGCAUGUGAUAAUUUUAUCUGUUGAGUUUGAGUUUUCGAUUUUUUAGAUAUUUAUUCUAUUAAUGAAAAGAGAGAGUUCACUUGAAAUGAAACAUUAACUAUAAAGCAAUUAGAAUUCAUCCUAUCAAUUAGAAUUAUUACAAUAAGAUGAAAGGUAAAAGUUCUUACUCAGUAUUGUAUAAAAGUAAUAGGGUUUUAAUUUUAGUAUUAGAAUGUAUAUACAAAUGGUGAUUAUUGUUGUUGUUAUGUUCAAUUUAUUCAUGUGAUUUGAUAUUGGGCUAAGGUUGUACACUUCAAAUUUUUUACUAUUUAUAAAAAUUUUCAAUAUUACUUAGAUAUAGUAUAGUAUACAUCAGAUCAACAUAGUCCUGGUGAAAUUUUAUAAUUAUAAUGGUUAAUUGUAAAUAUAUACAAAUCUUUGGUA